AUGUCACACAAUAUUCAAACAAUAACUCCAAAUCGUAAGAGAACAAGACAUUCAAACUCAAACUCAAACUCAAACCCAAACCCAAACCCAAACCAAGAUUAUAAUCUAAACAAUAACUUUGAUAACAUUCAUAAUAAUAACAACUACAAUAACAAUAACAGUACUGCCAGUAUAAACAGUAAAUAUAUGAAUAUUAUGAAUACAAACAAUUAUAAUAAAAAUAAUAAUAACAACUCUAUAUUGGACGAAAUGUUAGCUAGACAAAAUUCAUAUCUACAAGAUAAUUUUAAAGAUGCCGCUGGAGAAGGAGGAGGUUAUAAUCUAAUAGAUCCCAAUAUUCAAAAUUUUAAAAACAUUAAUCUAAAUCAAAAUACUAUUACUACUACUACUACUACUACUCAGAUUCAAAACGAACAUUAUAUAGAUAAUGAUAAUUUUAAUGAUAAUGAUAUAGAAAUGAUAGAUCCAAAACAAAAUGGGAACAUAAUACUCACAGAUAAUGAUAAAAAUGACAGAGAAGAAUAUCAAGAAGACAAUGAUGAUGACGGCGACGAUGACGUUAUAUUUAUAAAGGAACAACCUGUUCAAUUCACUUCUCCAUUAAUUCCUUCAUUCAAUAAUAUCUCUUCAGAAAAUUAUAUCACUACUCAAUCUAAAAAAUUUAAGAAACAAAGAACUAUAUCAUUACCUCAAUUACCAUUAUCAAAAUUAGUAUAUGAUUCCAAAAAUGCAAAUUUUAUAUCAAGGAAACAAAAUGAUGAUGAAUUAUUGCAUUUAGUUGGAUCUUCUGCCAAAACUUUGGAUGGUAAUAAAUCUAUUCACUUAAAUGUCGUUCAUUCAAUGUCUCCAUUCACGAAUAAAGCACAAAGUCCGUCCUCCAUCUCUUUAUAUUCAAAUUCACAAGAUUACGAUAAUACCUACGAAGAAGCUAAUAAUGAUGAUAAUGAAUCUCCAUUAUCAGAUUUAGAUCUUCGACAUGCACAUAACCUCAGAAACAUUGCCACUACUAACAAUAAUUAUAAUAAUUCAACCACUAAAAGUAUUAAAAAAAUAUUACUUCUUCGAUACAAAAAAUUGACUACAUCUUCCAAGAAUAAAAAGAAGAAACAACAACAACAGCAGCAGCAGCAGCAGCAGCAGCAACAACAACAAGAACAACAGCACCAAAAGCAAAUCCUUUUAUCAGCUUCUACAUCUGCUCCAUCUUCUCCUACCACAUCGAUUUCCACUACGUCAUCAAAAACAAACAACAACAACAGUAAUAAUAAUAAUAAUAAUGAUAUUAUGAAAAAACAAUAUAUGACAAAUAACACAUACCCACAUAAACAUCAUAGACUAAAAAAAAUUUCGAAUUAUUUUAAAACUGAUAAAGAUGGUCAUUAUAUAUAUCAAGAAAAUGAUAUCUUUGGAAGUAACGGUAGAUUCAAAUCAAUUGGUUUAUUAGGUCAAGGUACUUUCGGUAAAGUCCUCAAAUGUAUUGAUGCAGCUCCGUCAUCAUCAUCAUCUUCAGUACCCUCCUCAAUACCACUGUAUCAUACUACUUCCAAUAUAAAUAGUGUAGAUAUAAGAAGAAGGAAAAAAUUAGUAGCAAUUAAAAUUAUAAGAGCUGUAGACAGAUAUAGGGAAGCUGCAAAGACGGAAUUAAGAGUCCUACAAACAAUAAUGGAAAAUGACCCCCACGGCCAAUAUCAAUGUUUAAUCCUAAACGAGGCAUUCGAUUAUAAAAAUCAUAUAUUUGUCUUGUCACUGAUUUAUUCGGAAAAUCAAUCUACGAUUUUAUGUGCUACCAAUGGAAUUGCAAGAUUCCCCGGAUCUCAUAUUCAAGCAAUAGCAAGACAAUUAAUUAGAUCCAUGGCUUUCUUACAUGAUUUGGGUAUCAUUCAUACAGAUUUAAAACCUGAAAAUAUCCUUCUAUGUGAUGAAGAAUAUAUAGAAAAGGACCUUCCCAUUGAAAUACUAGCAUGUUUAUCUAAAAGAAGAAGGGAAGCAAGUGGUGGAAGACGGAAAAUCUUAAAGAGUCCAGAAAUUAAAAUCAUCGAUUUCGGUUCAGCUGUCUUUUACAACGAAUACCAUCCACCAGUAAUAUCAACUCGUCAUUAUAGAGCUCCAGAAAUCGUCCUGGGAUUAGGUUGGUCCUUCCCUUGUGAUAUUUGGUCAAUCGCGUGCGUAUUGGUAGAAUUGAUAAUUGGAGAAUCAUUAUAUCCAAUUCAUGAAAAUUUAGAACAUAUGGCAAUGAUGCAAAGAAUUAAUGGAGCUACAUUUCCUAAGAAACUUAUUGAAAAAAUGUUUUAUAAAGUCGAUCAUAAAUUGGGCAAUUUACCAAGUGAUUUGAAUACUACUGUAGUGAAACAUUUUAAUAGAUCUACUUAUCAAUUAGUUUGGCCUGAAGUUAAUAAAAAAACAGGGAAUAUUGUUACUAAGGAAAAAUCAAUUAGAAGAGUGAAAGAUUCUUGUGAAAGAUUGGAUAUUUUCAUUUCUAAAUUUUUGAAAUUGGACUAUGGUGAAGAUUUUGAAAUUAAUUGGGAUUUAUCAAUUGAAAGAAACUGGGAAAUUAUUCAAAAAAUUUCUGCAUGGAAUGGAACAGAAAAGACUCAAAAUGUAGAUAAGGAAACUUUCUUGUUUUGGUAUUGGUUCAUUGAUUUAUUAAGGAAAAUGUUUGAAUUUGAUCCAACAAAGAGAAUUACUGCAAUGGAAGCUUUGGAUCAUGAAUGGUUUAAUCUAGGAAUCUUAGAUGAAGGAAUUUCAACUUAUGGAAACUAA